GCUAUGUUUAGCUCCUGCGUUAGCAUUGGUGGCUAAUGGGUUCAUUACUGUCACUACUACCCGAAUAAUUUAAUUCGGCUUUCGUAGAGAAGCACACCCGUUUCAACCACGUGCAGAACAGGAUUCGGCGAGUGUGGAACCAUUCGUAUGUGACUGGGUUUGUGUUGGAGGAGGCCGUCGCUCUCGCCUUCCUCUCCUCAAGAAGAGCGACCAUCAGCGGCUGGCCUCGUCCCCCCUCAUCGGCUAGCAAAAGCUCCUAAAAAACCUCCAGAUGUCGACCACCGAGGAACACUCAAACGAUCCUCAAAAGAGCUACAAACAUCCCUUACCUGGUCCAGGUUAUCGUCGCUGGCGCUGUCUUCCGAGUCGGAGUCUAUCACGACUCGACCUUUCCGUUUCUUUACAUUCACCAUGAUUAGCUGCCGAAGCUAACCCGCUAGCUACCUCUGUGUCGUCUGAGUGUUUGGAGGUAAACCGUGCGCAUGCGCAAUAAGCAUGUUAUCCGGCCAUGCCAAACCGUUUUCGGUGUUUUAUGAUGAACACAGAAGAGGAACAUCUCAGGUAAUCCAGCCCCAGUCAAGAGAACCCCCGUUUCAAACGUUUCCUGGUAAGGAUGAACUUUCAGUUGACGUUAACUCUGUAAAAUGUCCUUGUCGAGGAUCGCACGCCACCCUCGGGCGGGGCUGCUUGGGUGCAUCCACCAGCAGUUAUUCCUGAACCCCUCCUCUCUGCCGGGGGGGGCCGACACGAGGCCCAUGAGCCGGGUCCCGUACCGGAGACCCGGCGAGCCCAAAGACAACCGGCCUCCCUGGAAGAAGAUCAAGUUCGACUUCGCCAAGGGCGUGGAGGGCGUGGGGCGGCAGAUGAUGCUGCUGAAGAAGGAGCUGCUGGACCCCCUGGUGGGGCCCGAGGGGAAACCCAUGCUGGAGCACAUGCUGGAGCAGAACCGAGUGGUGUGGGAGUUCCGGGGCUCCGAGUGCCUGGAGCAGUGGAGCGUGUCGUCGGACCGCGAGAUCGGCGGGCAGAGCGAGGCGUACCUGAAGCUGGGCCGCAACGACAACACCUGCCUGCUGUACGGGAGCCUGAACGCCGCGCCACCGCGCGACGGGGAGACGCGCUACAGCGGUUACUGCACCCUGCGCUCCAAGCAGCGGCUGUGUUCCUUUGACCGGAAGACCCACUUUGAUUGGACGAGCUUCAACACCCUGCACCUGCGGGUGCGUGGCGACGGGCGUCCCUGGAUGAUCAACCUGGCCCCCGAGAACUACUUCAGCCACCAGAAGGACGACAUCUACAGCUACUUCCUCUACACCCGGGGAGGACCCUACUGGCAGGACGUCAAGAUCCCUUUCUCAAAGUUCUUCCUUGGGCAUCGUGGCCGAAUACAGGACGAUCAGCACCAUCUCUGGCUCGACAAGAUCAACACGAUAGGCUUCACCCUGGGGGAUAAGGUGGACGGGCCCUUCCAGCUGGAGAUAGACUUCAUCGGGGUGUGUAAAGACUACGCGCACACAGAGGAGUUUGCUUACGAGAAGUACAAGAGGAACCCUGAAGUAUAGGCUGGACCGCUUCAUUCAGGGGCAGCCUUCAAUGGCCGCUGAAACCAAUUACUGUAAAUACAAUUCAGGGACGGACUGACCAUGAAGGUCAAUAAAUAAAGUUUUUUUCGGUUUUAAUUCAAUGUCAC